UUCUGGUCACAAAGCCAAGCUCAAACAUGGGAAAGAAACAUGCAUUACUUCUUCUACAAUUGCUUCUUCUCCUGCAAGUGAACCCUGGGAAUUGUCGAUAUAUUGCACCUAAAUACUCUUCCUCUGGACAGGUCUCUAAUGGAGGUGGAGAGGUUCAGCAACCAGCUUUUGUUGUUUUUGAGCACCGGCCUUCACCAUAUAGCUGUAAACAGACACAUGGGGUCAUGCCAUGCACCACCACUGUGUUUGGAAAUGUAUUCCUUAUCCUGGUUUAUGGUUACUUGAUGUUCUUUGCAGCCAGGCUUUUGUAUGAUGGAAGUGAGAUUCUGGUGGAACUUCUAAGUCCUGGGAUUACUGGUGGAGUUUUUCUACCUCUGCUCAGCUCUCUUCCUGAUGCUAUUAUCAUCCUUGCAUCCAGACUAUGUGGAAACAAGGAUACUGCUUCAAGCCAGGUGUCAGCUGGGAGUGCUUUGCUGGGUGGAUCAACUGCCAUGCUUCUAACAUUGCUAGGAGGGUGCUGCAUCAUAGUUGGCAAGUGUGAUCUUGAAAAUUUGAGGGCAAAACCUGUGGAGAAAAAUGCCAGAGGAUUCAGCUUAGUCGGUUCAGCUGCUAGUACUGAUAUCAGGGCUAGCUAUACAGCAAGGAUCAUGGUUAUAUCUGUUAUGCCAUUCAUAAUAAUCCAACUAUCACAAGUUCUCCACACAACUUCACAAAUUUGCUUAGCAGUUUUGAUUUCCCUCAUUAUCUCUAUUUCUUUAUUGCUUGCAUAUUGCCUUCAUCAGGUCUUUCACCCUUCAGUUUUGAAAACAAGACUUACACAUGCAAAGGAUAAGCAUAUGAUGUCGAGAAUUGUAAAACAUUUGAAAUGUUGUACCCUGGGGAGGCUCUUAACAGCUAAUGGGGAACCUGAUAGAGAAGUGAUAAAAAAGUUAUUUGAGAUGAUUGGAGAGGAUUCAGAUCAGCAGCUUUCGGCUAGUGAGUUAAGAGCACUGAUAACAGGAAUCCAGAUUAAAGAAGAUUCAGAUAUUGAUGAGGCUGUUGGGAAAGUAUUGACAGAUUUUGAUGCAUGUGGGGAUUCCAAAAUUAACUUGGAUGCAUUUAUCAUAGGAAUCUCAAAAUGGUAUGAUAAGGCUAAGCAUUCAGCAGUUUGUUCAAGUGACAGUGAUUUCCAGACAAGAAUAAUUAUAGAUGACUUCAACACGCCCACAAGCAAAGGGAAUGAGCUUCUGGGGAUUCAGUUUUAUACGGCUGAGAAGAUUGAAAAUCCCAAAUGGAGUGCCUUCAAAGGAGUGUUUAUAUUGCUGUUGGGAACUCUUAUCGCUGCUACAUUUGUCGAUCCUCUUGUCAAUGCUGUUGGCAACUUCUACUCUGCUACAAACAUUCCUCCUUUCUUUGUCUCAUUCAUUGUUCUGCCUUUUGCUAGCUCAAGUGAAGCAGUGUCUGCUCUAAUCUUUGCCAGCCAAAAGAAAUUGAGGAUUGCUCCUUUAACAGUUUCAGAGAUUUAUGGGGCAGUAAACAUGAACAACCUCCUUUGCCUGUCAGUCUUCUUAGGCCUGCUUUAUUUUCGCCAUUUAACAUGGAACUUCACAUCUGAGGUGCUGAUUAUACUCAUUAUUUGGAGCUUUCUCCCAAAAGAAUAUGGAUAACCAAAAAAAAAAAAGACUGUCUAGAUUUUAGGUUGACUAGUGAUUAUUACUGUAAAUUAAUUUCUAGCAUCCUGUACACAUCUGUGACAUCAAAUUAGUGAAUCAUAAUACAAUUCAAAAUUUUCUUUGUUUUUU